AUUAACUUCCGUUCAACUUUACAUUUGACUUGGUGAAGAGAAAGUGGUGCAUUUUGCGUUAUUUUAUGAGAAAUAAUGGUUAAAUUUGGUCACAGAUUUUGGUAAAUGUCCAAGAGGAUGUCACAGGACGACUCCACCAAGUUAAAUGGAAAGAAAUCCACCAAAAAAACGCCAAAUGACUUCAUAUUCGGAAAAGUCAUCGGGGAAGGAUCAUUUUCAACAGUGUAUUUGGCAAAAGAAAUUGAAUCCGGGAAUGAAUUUGCAGUCAAAGUUUUGGACAAACGACAUAUUAUGCGUGAGAAGAAGACCCAGUAUGUUAUGAGAGAAAAAGAAGUAUUGAUGAAGCUGAAUCAUGCUUUCUUUAUACGUCUCUUCUACACCUUUCAGGACCAAGACAGACUCUACUUUGUGCUGAGCUAUGCUAGACAGGGGGAACUUUUGGACUACCUCAAUAGACUGUCAUGUUUUGAUGAGAAAUGUACCAGGUGGUAUGCAGCGGAACUUGUUCUGGCUCUGGAGCAUAUGCAUAGCCUGGGUGUGAUUCACAGAGAUUUGAAGCCAGAAAACAUCUUGCUGAAUGAUGGAAUGCAUAUACAGAUAACAGAUUUUGGAAGUGCUAAGAUAUUGGAUUUGCAAGAAUUAACAAAUAGUGGACCAGAACCUUCCCCAGAACCUGGAAAUCAGCCAAAGAGGAAGAAUUCUUUUGUGGGUACAGCACAAUAUGUGUCACCAGAAAUCCUUACCAGUAAAAAGGCAUGUAGCAGUUCUGACCUUUGGGCUCUUGGCUGCAUCAUUUACCAAUUAUUAGCGGGGCUAGUUCCAUUCCGUGGAGGACAUGAAUAUCAAAUCUUCCAGAAGAUUAUGAAGCUAGAUUAUGAGUUCCCUGAUGGUUUUAGUGAAGUAGCACGGGAUUUGGUUGAGAAAUUAUUGGUGAUAGAACCAUCAGAGCGUCUAGGUUGUCCAGAGCAAGGGGGAUAUAAACGCCUAAAAGAACAUCCAUUUUUUGAGGACAUUGAUUGGGAUAAAGUUCCUGAACAGAAACCUCCAACAUUGCAGCCGUAUCUCCCUGCCACGUCUGAAAAUCCUGAAAAUAUUUAUGGAAACUAUAAGCCUGGCCUUUCUGAUAGAAGAGUAGCAGAAAUCAUUACAGAUACUGUGAUUUCUGAUGAUGAGAGGAAAACAUUAAUUGAAGCACAGGCCAAAGAAAAUGAAUAUCACAAAUUUGUUGAAGGCAAUCUCAUUCUUAAACAGGGUCUGGUAGAUAAGAGGAAGGGUUUGUUUGCACGAAGACGGAUGUUUCUGUUAACAGAAGGGCCCCACCUAUAUUAUGUUGAUCCUACCAAUAAAGUGUUAAAAGGCCAGAUACCAUGGUCAAAAGAUUUGAAACCGGAGGCUAAGAAUUUUAAGACAUUUUUUGUUCAUACUCCCAACAGAACAUACUACCUGGAGGACAAAAGUUCAAGGUCACAAGACUGGGUGAACAAGAUAGAUGAAGUAUGGCAGACAUACUAUGGUACAAAAUCCUAGUAUCUCCAAAUGUCAAAACUCAUGGAUCGGAGGGCUUUUCAAUUAUUGUCAAAACACCAAACUGUUAAUGUUAGUGUAAUUACAGUCAAUUUUUCUUCGUUUCAGUGGAUUUUCACAUCCUAACUAUGGUGUCCUAUUUUUAUGUACUUUUAUAAAACAGUAAUAGAAGUGUUUAUUUUGACAUUGCUAUCUUUAUAUAACUAGCCUGUAACUAUACGGAGAGUUGUUUAUCAGUAUGAAGUAAUAUAGACAGGUUUGUGGUAGUGAUGAUUCUCGAACCAUGGAAACUAUAAGGUGUACCAUGAUACCAAGUACACUAGCGCUACACAUGUUAUCUGCGAGGGGGCUAUAUGACCAAGGCAUACAUGUUAUCUAGGAGGGGGUUUAAUGUUUAUGAGAAUUAUAUGUAAAAGUACUCAGUAAACUGCCCCGAGCCCCCUAUAUCUGUAAUCACUUUGUGUUUGCAUGCAAGCAUCUUUGUACAGCUAGUGUUCUGGACAGAUUAAGUUCAUGUUUACACCAAUUUGGUGGUCAUUGGUCAAGCUAAAGGUCAAAUAAGACACACUUGACUCCUUAAAAUACAAUGUAUAUGUAAAAAAAAAAGCAUGUGUACAAGAUAUCUCAUCAACCCCUAGAUAGAUCUAUUUAAUUGAUAAGAGGGAUCGGGUAUAUCUAUGUGAGCCCCACUCAUUCUAAUAUUAUUUUAUUUCUUAUUUGCAUGGCAUUAUGUUUUUACUUGUUGAUCGAUAACAUUAAGAAAUGUAGUACAUAUCAACUGUGUUAACUAUAUUUAUCGUAUGUGAUGUAAUGACGGCUAAAGACUUAGAUAUAUAGUAAAUGUUUAUUCAGAUAGGAUUCCCUCAAACGACAUGUUCAGUAUUCCCCCACUGUUAGAGAGGGACUAUAUUAUAAAAUAUGAAUCUGAAAGAUCAAAGGUGCCAGCAUCAGUAGAUGAUUUUCAUUUCAUAUACUUAUAGGUAUACAAUAAAAUCAGUUAGUUCCCUGGAGACACUAUUGUAGGAGAAGGUGCCCUUAUUACAACACAUACGGUAUGUUAUUGCCGGUGGGUUACAUAUUAUUGGUGUUCCUUUUUGAAUUCAACAGUAUUUCUUUGAGUCUUCAUUUAGGAAUUUUAUUGUUAUGUCAGAAUUGACUCAAAUAAGAUUUUAUAUAACAUAUUAGAGUUGAUACCUAUCAUGUAUGUCCCUCUUUUACCAUAGUAGGGAUCAGCUUCCACUGUAGGGAGUGCCAUGACUCCAAGUUAACUCUUCAAACUGUGAUACAUUGAUUAGGCUCCAUAAUCAAAUUUUUGAGGAAAGCUGUAGAUUGAACUGAGAGUAUGUUUGGUAUAAAAGGCUUAUUUAUUGUGUGGGAGAUGUAACCAAUAUAGAAUGUAUGUAUUGUAUGAAGAAAGUGUGAGAAAUAUCCAGACAUUUACAACCUGUAAGUACAGUUUAACAGGCAUGUGUGGUAGUUAAUAGAUCCAUGUAAAGUACCCUUGUAUUAGCUUUGAUUUAUAAUACUAGUACCCCCUGCUUCACAUUACAGGGGUAUCCUGUAUUUAUCCAGUCUGUCAUUGCAUUUUUGUUAAUGAUACCUCACAGGUAUGUUAGUAGCGGCCAUACCUUACCAUACCAUACAAUACAGCUUGAUGUUUGCGAUUAAACAUGGCCCGUCAUACUAAGGUCUUGCCACUUGUAUGUCUUUUAACACCCUUUCAUUGACAUUUUAAAACCCAAGUUGCAAUGAAAACACUGUGCUAUAAACACAAUGCUGAUCUUGAAAAUUUAAUGCCAUAUUUCUUAGAAUAACAUGUUAAAACAUUGGAUACCUCAAAACUGACAGGCAGUUCUGUUUGUUCAAAUUAAGAUGAAAAUGGAAGACAUGGACAUGUAAGAAUUUUGCCAUCCCUACUUGUUACUGGUUUAAUUUAAACUUUAAACAUUGAACUAAUUUCAGGUGAACUAUUGUUGGUACAGGAAAUUGAAUGUUUUAUGAUUCAAUACAACCAACACUAAUAAUUCAUCACCUUCAACAUGUACAGUGCUUGAAUGGACAAACAAGUGACUGGGCUUUCAUAUUAAGAAGGAUGACAUUGUACAUGUGCUUUGAUUGUGUUAUCAUUGUUCUGUGAUUUAUACAAAAUAUUCCAAACAAUUUAAUGCACAAAUAUGAUGUAAAUGUUUUUAUUUCUUGGUAAUGUAACAAUCAGUAUAAUUGACUGGAUGGUGCUGUGGUGGACCAACAAUUUGGUUUGUCUUAUAUGCUUGCUGAAGAAAAACAAAUUAGAAUGAAGUACAAGAGAAGUAGGUGGUGGUGUGGAUUGUUCUCUCUCGUUUUGUUGUAUUUUGCAGUAUGUGUGCUACAGUAAUUAUGACUUUAAGAAUAGAUUUUACAAGCUGUCUGCAGUAUACUUGGUAGAGAGUCUUACUAGCUAAUACUGACCAUGUCAAGAUAAUCUUUAUUUCAACAGAUAAACUUAUGUGUACAUUUAUACAAUAAAAUUUCAUAAAACUCUU